AUGGCGGAAGCGACGGCCAAGUUGGAUGCGCUGCUCUUCAGGAAAACGGAGGGCAACAAGCGGGGCAUCCCAGAGGCGAUCUUUAUCGAGAAUGUCGAGGAGAUGUGCAAAGAAAGGGAGCCCACGGAGAUUGUGGGGCGGCUGCAAGACCUGCACAGCAAGUACCAGUACAUGCAGAGCUCGUUGACUGCGCAGCGAUCCUCCCUGAAGUCUAAGUUGCCAGAUAUUGUCUCAGCCUUGGAGGUGGUGACGCAUCUCGCAGAGCGAAAGGAGAAGGAAGCGGAUGCGGCAGAGUACACCUACCAGCUGGCGGAGAACAUUUGGUCCAAAGCCUCGGCGGCUCCCAGUGGCAACGUUUGCCUAUGGCUGGGGGCCAAUUGCAUGUUGGAGUACACCCUGGAGGAGGCGCUUGAGCUGCUUCGCACCAACGAGACCAACGCCAGAACUACCCUCAAGAGUCUUGAGGAGGAUUCGGCCUUCUUGCGAGACCAGAUCACCACCACGGAGGUGAACAUUGCCCGCACUCACAAUUAUGGGGUGCGGCUUCGGCAGCUGGCCAAAGCUAAAGCGUCCAGCUAA